GGAGGGAAGGGAGUUUACAAAUGGCGGACAAUAACGGAGAGAAUGAGGAAGCAAAAUAGAGAGCAGCUCCUGAAAAUAGGCUAACAAUCUUUGGUCAGUCAGCUGAUCGCGAUCGAGCCAAGGCAAUGGUCAUUCUGUCAUACACAGUUCGUUGAUCCUAAAAAUCUCCGCUGUAUGACAGGUUACAUAUCUGGUAUAAUGUUUGAUGUUUCCUUCAGUCCUCGAAAGAAAGGAAGCUGAUUCUCUGGCACUGGCGCACAGCAGUUCGUCUCAUAAAACGUGUCAGUAGCAAAUGUAAUACUACCUCUACAUCAUGGUAUGGUUUAGUUCAGUUCAGUUCAGGACAAUGCUUUAGCGCAGGAGAUGUCAGGUGAAUGAACACGCUUGAUUGACAUCUCUCUCCAAACGGGUUCAGCUCAUAUUUAGUCAUCGUCGUCUUCGUCAUCGUCGUCGUCGUCAUCGUUGUCGUCGUCAUCGUCGUCGUCACCAUCAUCGCGCCCGUCAUCGCAACCGAUGUCAUCAUGGCAGUAUUCAGCUUCAGGCUCGGCCUGUUGACGGUGAUCAUAUGCGGGGUCGUGUUCACAUCAUGGACACUGGAUGCGUUGAUAUCGGAGCAGGAGACUCUUGAGAGCAGCAGCAGCAGUAUAAGCAGCAAUAUGCCUAGUGAGAAAUCGUUGAAAACAAAGACUGUGAUUGGUGUACAGAAACUUGAGAACAGAUUGUUAGCCAAUAGGAAACAUGCUAACGAAAUGACAUUAGCCAAUAUGAUUCAUGAAGAUACGUCUGAUUCAGCCUUCCCCUUUGAUGAGGAAAGCAUUGAUGAGGAAAAUGAGAAAGAGGACGGAGAUGAAAUCAGGUCCGAUCGUGAAAGUGGAAAAGCAAACGAUGCUGCUCUGCCGGAGAUAAAAACAUUUUACACAGCGGUGAAAACAACGUUCAAAGAUGUUCCAAUUUUACCAGACAAGUCGCUUCCGACUCUUAAAUUCCUUGAUGCCUGCAUCGAUGCAUUACAGGUAUUAACAAAUAUGAGGAAAAGGAUAUUCGAUGGGGUUGUAGGAGAUAUACAAGGAAAUAUACAGCAAAUUCGUCAUAACUACGACGCUCGUCCAAACGAAAGCUAUACUCUUCAGUCUUUGGUUCUGUAUGAUGUAGAGCAGUUACGUAUACUAAACGAAGACCCGGAUUAUUAUGCAGCAUCCACACUUAAUGCCCUAAAAUGGGUCGUCAGAGCAUUCCGGUUUAUAUCCAGGUUUGCGACACAUAUAAGUGAGGGCCAAGAGCAAGGUCCGAGCGCAAGACUGGCCUAUGAUGAGACUUUGACAAAGCACCAUGGGUUUGUCGUCAGAGCAUGUUUUAAGGCUGCCUUCCUGACGCUGUCGACGCGGCAGGACUUUCUAAAAGAAAUUGCUGUGAACAAGGCUGACCUCGAUCGACCCGACUUUGAAAAGACAGCAAUAGCCGACUCCCGGGAUUAUUUCUUCGCCUUGGAGGAGAGAUUAAAACUCAUUGAAGAAUUCUAUACACGACAUCAUAUAGAACCUUAGAUUUGGAUGAUUGACAGUGGUUCUUAUUUUUCCCUCUAGAAUUGCAGUCACAAAGUAAUUCUCUUGGAUAAUAUCCUUACAAGCAAUAUAAAAUACGUUGUCAUAAUAUGAAUACGCCUACAUUAUUUGUUA